AUGGCCCGACCCAUGGGGGCUGUUCGCCUCAAGAAGACGAAUCCCAUCACCCUUGCGCUUGGAGCGAUUCUGUGCAUCUUCAUCAUCGUCUUUCUCGUCUCCCCCUCAGGCAAAUCCGUCACCGCCAGUCGACUCGAAUCCAUAACCGCAGAGCAUCAUUUGUCGCCGCCGACUUCACCGUACCGAAAGUCAAAAUCCCGAUCUGGUGUACCGCUCAAGCCACCACCCGUCGUGCAUUACAACCUUAAUAAUGUCACCAUCACCAAGUCGCCCAUCGAGAACCGUGAGAACAUUCUCAUUCUCACUCCCAUGUCACGAUUUUAUCCUGGUUACUGGGAGAAUCUGUUGCGAUUGAGCUAUCCUCAUGAACUCAUCACCCUGGGCUUCAUCCUCCCCAAGACGAAAGAGGGCAACCAAGCAACCACUGAACUGCAGGAGUUCAUCCACAAGACGCAGAAACAUGGCCGUGAAGCCGAAAAAUUCAAGAGUAUUAUCAUUCUGCGACAGGACUUUGAGCCUGCCAUUGUGUCCCAGGACGAAGCUGAGCGCCACAAGCUUAAAAACCAAAAGGCCCGCCGCGCAGUCAUGUCCAAGGCUCGCAACUCUCUACUCUUUACUACCCUUGGUCCGGAUACAUCUUGGGUUUUGUGGCUGGAUGCCGAUAUUAUCGAAACACCCCCAACACUGAUUCAGGACCUCGCAUCUUACGACAAGCCGCUUAUCGUUCCCAACUGCUUCCAGCGAUACUACGAUGAGGAGCACAAGCAAAUGUCCGAGCGACCAUAUGACUUUAACAGCUGGCAAGACAGCGAGACAGCACAAGCCCUUGCUGCCAAGAUGGGUCCUGAUGAUAUCCUUCUUGAGGGAUACGCCGAAAUGCCGACAUAUCGAAUGCUCAUGGCGUAUCUGGCGACGGAAGGUGGUGAUCGCAACAUGGUCAUACCUCUUGAUGGUGUAGGAGGCACUGCUCUUUUCGUUAGGGCCGACGUCCAUCGUGACGGUGCCAUGUUCCCUCCUUUCUCUUUCUACCAUCUCAUUGAAACUGAAGGGUUUGCCAAGAUGGCUAAGCGCCUGGGCUGGCAACCAUUUGGCCUUCCCAACUACAAGGUCUACCACUAUAAUGAGUAA